UUCAGAGAAUAAAAAUGAGAUUAAGCCGGUCAGGCCGGUCGAUCCAGGCUCCGGCUAAAUACAAAGAAAACCUGGAGGAGAAGGUUAGGACGGAUGAGAAGGUUAGGACGGAGGAGGGAGAAGAGAUUGCGACAAUCGGGAACUCAAAAAGUAAACGCCCACCUCACAAAGUUUCUCCGACUGUAGAAAAAAAUGUUAUUUCCGAGGAGACUCAUCUUGGGCAGAAAAUUACUUCUCCUAGCGAACAGUUAAAAAGUAGAACAGUAAAAGAUAAAGAAGGAUCGGACACAAAAAAGAAUGAGCCUAGAAAUUAUAAAAGUAAAACUGAACUUGGAGAAGAUGAAACUAAACUGAAAAGUGAUAAAACUGAACAUGACAACCUUGUAUUGAAGAUUGAGGACAGACAUUGUAUUUCUAAACCUCGGAGCGAGGCAGAACAUUAUAAAUCAAGCCGGGAGGAGGUUGAAACCAAGGCGGAGGAUCAAGGCGGAGAUAAAUCAUGGAAACGGCGGAGUGAGGACGAUAAACGUAUAAAGGACCGGAGAUUGAGUGAGGAUGGAAGAAGAAAGAAAACAUUUCCGUCCCACAUCGGGUUAGAGCUCCAGCAAUCCAACUACUCUAGUCACAUUUCUAUUCUCCAGGUUGCUGACAGUCCUCUGGAAAACCAGGACGUGUUCUUCUACUCUAAACCUCCACCUGGAGAACACAAGGGAACCAGGUUGGAUCAGAUCUCAAGGAACAGUUUGGAUCGAGUAAAUGAUCCUGGUUUGGAUCGAGCAAAUGAUCCUGGUUUGGAUCGACAAAACAUCGAGCAUAGUAUGGAGAGACAGAAUCUCAUGAUUCAGGAAAACCAAAGGUUGACCUUAGAAGAACAGCUAGCGCUGCUGCAUGCCGGUCAAAUUCAACAUGAAGGACUAGAUGAACAGGAUCUUGAACAAGACCAGGAGGACUUUGUUCAUCAAGAAGACUUACUCAUCCAUCAAGUUAGUCCUCAGGUAAUGGUGAAUGAGGACGGAAUUGAGAUCACAGUAGAGGACGAGGAGGAUGAGGAUGAGGACGAGGAUGAACUAGCAAACACUAAAAUAUUCCCUCCCUGGUACCAGCGCCUCUCCAACAUGUUGACGAUGUUUAUGAGCAAGGAGCUGCUGGUGGAUGUUCAUCUCCAGGGGGCAGAUGGAGAACUAGUUUCAGGACAUCAGCUUAUACUGGCUCAUGUCUCUCCAGUCCUUGCCGGGAUACUCAGUGGGGUGAGGCAGGACUGUAAUGAGGAAUCUAUAACUAUUCUUCUACCCGAGAUAUCCAGUUCACAGAUAAGAGAGUUCAUGUACAGCUUGUACACUGGAAAUCUGCCAGAUGAUGUUGAGGCUAGAACCUCAGUGUACAGUAUAUCUAAACUACUAGGAGUACAACAUGGCAAUGAAGAUCUUAUCAAACUCAGAGAUUCCGGGGAAUUGUUUGAUCAAGACCAACUGGUGGAUCAAGCCCAUCUAGUUGAUCAAGACCAUCUAGAUGAGGAUCAUCAUAUAGUUGUUGAUGAGCAUCAUCGGCUUGUCAAGCAGGAAGUUCAUCGUCCAGAGUCCACCUCAGAAGUAAAGGAUCUCGAAUUAGAGAGUGGUCGGGGUAGAUCCGGUCAGGAGAUACGCUCAAAGCAGGUUAGUCUUACAUCUUUGUAAGAUCUACGUUUU